UACUAACUCAUUUCUUUCCACACUAAUAUCCUUGUUUACCCUAUCCUCGCCGCAACCCGAACAGAGCAUUAAACUCUUGAUUUUCGGGAUGCAUGCCUAGUGGUUGAUGAUAUGGCCGUUGUUUUUGCUAUUGUGGAGGGAGAUGUGGACUUGAUUUGUCAUGGGUCUCUCUCUCAUUCUGGAUAUUCGUCUCCUUUUGUCAAGGGCUUGGCAAGUUCACAUUCAGCAUGUCUACGGUGAAGUCAAUUUUUGUGCUGAUUGGCUUUCACAGAGGGCUCAUCAUUUCCCUUGGAUUUAACCAAACUCCAGAACCUACCGAGUGGUGUUCUUCGGAUCUUGCAACAGGAUGUGGUUGGGUUAGCCUUUCAAGAUAUAUCCCGGGUUGAUCUUUGUUUUUCACCUUUUCUCUUCCCAAAAUAAAAAGAAAAAAAAAAAAAAGAAAGAAAGAAACCAAUCUUUGAUUUUAAUAUUUAUGUCCAGAAACUUUAAAAUUCAAGCCCUAGCAAUUUUAAACAUUUUAGACAGAUAAUUGUGGAAUCAAAUUACUAUUAAUUACUACUCCUAGCAAAACGCAAGUUUUCUUCAAAAUUCAUGUCACUAGUAGAUAUAAUUAAUCAAGUGACAACAAAAGAAGUGAAGGUGGAAAGCAAAAGGAAUUGUCACUUACCCCCAAUAUCUUUAUUAGCACUAUCAAGGUAUUUUUGCAUUUAUAAUUCUUUGUCUUAGAAUUAUUAACUCUCUUCUUCUCCUAGUCUUCAUGGUACAUUGGAUGAUUUGAACUACUUGUUCAAAACUUAUACUGGAUGUAGUGAUCCUCAAUUUGACUAAACAGUUUAUGAACUGAAAUUGAUGUUGCAUACUCCAAGAAUCCAGUACUUUCACUCAUAUUUGCAUUUUGGUAUUUGUAUUCCGAAAAUCGAAUAUCCUAAGUUGAGGGGAGCGAUGCCUGCUUAGAUAGAUUAGGUGAGAGUGAGAUAUGAUACCCCAUUUGAAGCACAAAUGUGAAAAAUCAAUUCCAGCAGAAAUUUUCAUAGUUUUUCUUUGAAACCUACUUAGGUUGACCAUAACAAAGGUGUGAGUUCUGGAAAGAGUUAAUAAAUGCAACCUUACUCUUCUUUGCAGAGAGACUGCUUUUGUGGCUUUAACAUGUGACCUCAGGUCACAAAUGAAGUAACUUUACCGUAAUACCAAAGUCACCCUCUACUAAGUUCACCAUAGGAAAAAAAAGUUAAAAAGAAAAGAAAGAAAGCGGAUUAGCUUUAUCUCUUCUAUUAUUUUUUUAAUAGUUGGCUUUUCAAUACAGAGUAGCAUUAGUUAAUAUGAUCUCACAAAAGUGGUUGCUACAAGGUUAAUUCUUUUCCUGGUAACUCAAAUAUUAUAAUCUUGACACAUAACUUGCCUUUUUCUUUUGACAGAGGACAAGAGAUUGUUAUCAAGUCAUAAUUAUAUAUCAUUCUGAUUCCAACUGAACAGGACAAAAAAAGUUUUAAUUCCUUUGGAGAAUCAGUCCUUCAGUGGCCGUCUGAAUUUGAUCCUGAUGCACACUUAGGAAACUGAUAUCUUGUUUGCUUUGCUAUGGUAUUUGCUUUUUUGCUGCUUCCAAUGUUCUAUAAUGGAAAAUGAAGUCUUCAAACGUAUAUCUGUUAAAAUAAAGAAAGAAAAAACCAAGUCACAAUGUUCAUAGAUAUCUAUGUUCGACAAGUUUUGGCUUUAUUACAAGCCUAACUCUGCAUCAAUAUUGUAAGCAUAAGCAUAUCCCCUUAUUCUAGGAAUAAUGAUAUUCCUUUUACAUCUAUUUUUUUUUUCCUUUGGACCUAUGCAUAUGAAAGCUCCAAGCCUAAGAUCUGCUAAAAAAAUGAUUUUUUUUUAAUGCAGAAAAAUGGCUAUUUAUAUGCAUAUUGUCUUGUAUCUACCUCAAAUGUAAUUCAAUGCUUCAUAUGGACAUUUCAUCAUUUCUUUCAAUGAUUCUUCAUUUCUUCAUUUUGAUUGCAGGAAUCCAUAAUGGCAAUGCCCAGUUGGUGGAUUGCUUGGACUCUGACAGGGAAGCUCUUAUUGAUUUCAAAGAAGGUCUAAAGGAUCCUGAGAAUCGACUCUCAUCAUGGCGAGGAAACAACUGUUGCCAAUGGGAAGGUAUAAGUUGUGACAAUAAAACUAGAGAUGUUAUUGCAAUUGACCUCCACAACCCUUUUCCAUCAUCAGAUCCCAAUUAUUCCAGGGAUGCAUUAGGUGGGAAAUUAGUCCUUCAUUGAUAAAACUCAAUUAUUUGAGACAUUUAGACUUGAGUCUUAAUGGAUUCAGUGGAAUUCCAAUUCCUGAAUUCUUUCAAUCUUUGGAGAAACUGCAAUAUCUAAAUCUAGCAGAUGCUGGCUUUGGAAGCAAAAUUCCUCCAAACUUGGGAAAUAUCUCUGCACUGCAGUAUUUCAAUGCCUCUAACAACUGUUGACAACCUUGAAUGGAUGACUGGUCUUACAUCUUUGAAAUAUUUAGCGCUUAAUGGAGUUGACCUAUCAUCCUCUGGGUCAGAGUGGGUUGGAGCAUUGAACAGGCUUUCACAUAUAACUGAGCUGCACUUGCAGUUUUGUGACCUGAUUGAUUCUAAUUCAUUUCUUAACUUUGUCAAUCACUUGCUGUGAUAGACCUCAGUUUUAAUAAGUUCUUUGCAGAGUUCCCGAACUGGCUUGUGAAUAUCAGCAGCCUUGUGUAUGUUGACAUCCGAUAUAGCCAGUUGCAUGGAAGCAUUCCACUUGCUUUAAGCAUGCUGCCAAUUUUGCAGUUCUUGCAUGUUGAAUUCAACCAUCUAAAAGCUAAUAGCAGUCCACUGUUCCAGGGAAGCUGGAAAAACUUGGAAGUUCUUAAUUUGGGCGUCAAUAUUGUCUAUGGGGAGCUUAGCCGAAAUCCUUGAAGGAACUGAUGAUUGCCUUUCCAAAAGUCCUGUUCCAAGUUUGCAGUACUUGCUUCCAAGUUUGCAGUACUUGCUACUGAGGAGAAGUAGAUUGGUUGGUAAAUUUUUAACUUGGUUGGGUCAGAUUCAAAAUCUUGUUGAACGCUGUCUGAAUUAUAACUUGUUCCAUGGUCCCAUCCCUGAUUUGGGAGCAUUAAGAUGUCUAGCUACUCUCCUACUUGGGAAAAAUGAACUAAAUGGAACUCUUUCAGAUACUUUGUUUCAGCUUCCUAAGUUGUCUAUCCUAGAUGUCUCUGACAAUCAGUUAACUGAAUCUCUCCCAUAUAGUUUGGCAUGGGUUUCAAUGUUGUCUGUCCUAGAUGUCUCCUUCAACUGUUUGACUGGUGUAAUCUCAGAAUCCCACUUUUCAAAGUUAAAUAAUUGCAGUCCUUGUGUUUUUCUUCCAACUCUUUGGUCUUGAAUGCCAGUUCAAAUUGGAUCUCUCCAUUUCAGCUCCAGUCACUUGAUAUGGCUUCAUUCCUUCUGGGCCCUUCAUUCCCUGCUUGGCUUAAAUAUCAAAGUAAUCUAUCUUAUCUUGACUUUUCAAAUGCUAGUCUUUCAGGUUCCAUACCCAGCUGGUUUUGGGAUAUUUCUGGUGGUCUCAAUUCCUUAAAUUUGUCCUUCAAUCAGUUAAAGGGUCAACUGCCAAAUCCAUUGAAUUUACAAGAAGUUGCAUUUCUUGAUUUGAGCUCCAACCUCUUUGAAGGACCUAUUCCUCUUCUACUUGCUGGAAUUCAAGAAACCAACUGAUUGGUGAAAUUCCAGAUUCCAUUGGACAAACAUUUUCAUUGAUUAUCAUUGAUCUUUCAAGAAACAAUUUAUCUGGAAGCAUUCCUUCAAACAUGGCAAACUGUCGUCAACUACAAGUUUUAGACAUUCAAAAUAACUACCAGGAGAGGUUCCUGGUUCUUUAGGUUUGCUAAAUUUCCUCCAAACACUACACCUAAGCAACAACAUGAUCUUUGGAGAAAUUCCCUCAUCUUUCCAAAAUUUGUUGAAUCUGGAAACUCUAGACAUUGGAUGACUGGUAACAUUCCAUCAUGGUUUGGACAUGGUUUCCAGAAUCUUAGAAUUCUCAGAUUGAGGUCAAAUACAUUUUCUGGAGAACUACCAUCUGGUCUUUCAAGUUUGGGUUCUCUACAAAUCCUGGAUCUUGCAGAAAAUGAGUUGGAAGGUAUAAUUCCAGCUAGUUUGGGUGAUCUCAAGUCCAUGGCUCAACCUGAAAAAAACAACAGAUACUUGUUUUAUGGGACAAAUUUUGGGAGACACUAUUAUGAAGAAAGUAUAGUUGUGAAUAUAAAAGCUGGAUCACAAAGGUUCACAAAGACUCUUUCCCUUCUAACAUGCAUAGACCUUUCUGGGAAUCGGUUGCAUGGAAAGCUGCCCCAGGAAAUAACAAGAUUGGCAGGGUUGGUGGUUUUGAACCUGUCAGGAAAUAAUCUCAAUAGCCAGAUAAAUGAAAACAUUUCAAAAUUGCAUCAGUUGUCAUCUCUUGAUCUCUCAAGAAAUAUGCUUUCAGGUCCAAUUCCUUCAAGCAUGUCUUCCUUAUCAUUCUUGGGAUACUUGAACUUAUCAAACAACAAUUUCUCAGGUAGAAUUUCUUUUGUUGGGCACCUGACAACUUUUGAGUCAUCCUCUUUCUCGGGUAACCCUGGCCUUUGUGGAGCUCCUCUUGUUGGUCAAUGUCCAGGUGACUAUCCAACUAGUGCAGGAACUGCUGAGAGUGCAAUUGCUGAUGGUUACAGUGUUGACAAGUGGUUCUAUUUGGCAGUUGGGUUGGGAUUUGCAGCUGGCAUAUUGGUUCCUUGCUUCAUUUUGAUAGUUCAAAGAACCUGGAGCGACGUGUGCUUUAGUUUUGUCGAUAAGACAGCCAAUGGAUUGUUGUAUUGGGGUCAGGAAACAACAGCCUUCUUCAAAAACGGUGGUGAUCACAAUCCUUAGCUUUGCUUCGUAUUUGAUUUGUUCCAGGCUACUAGCUAUAUAACUCUUGACAUCCCUUGUGUAAGUAUCCUGUUUUGAUGUUAUGUAAUGCAUUUGUCCUUCAGAAGUUGUGAAUCAGCCACAUGUUGCUUAUCAUUGUGCAAAGAGGAAAGAAUGAAUUCUAGAAAUGUUCCUUUCUAUUUAUAAUUAAAGUAGGAGAAUUGUCAUUUAUAAGAUUUCCAAAGAAUGUAAGUAUCCAUAUGCCCUUUGUGCAAAACCUUCAUAUCUUGAAUGGUUGUUCAAAUAGCUUUUGCAUUGAGAAAUCUCUAAUUUAUCUGCCUUCAA